UGGGCGGGACAUGGCCGGAACUAAAGUGCGCGGGGUCACAGUUGUUGCACGCCGUGACGGCUGGGGUUGAAUGCAGCGGUUGGUGAUCUUUCCUCUUUUCUUCUUUCAUUCGCCUCAGAAGAGAACAGUCACCACACUCAUGGCAGGGAUUUUGCGCUCAAUAGUUCAGAGGCUCCCAGGCAGACUCCAAACUGUGACAAAAGGUGUGGAGUCUCUUAUUUGCACGGAUUGGAUUCGUCACAAAUUUACCAAGUCAAGAAUUCCAGAUAAAGUAUUUCAGCCUUCACCUGCAGAUCAUGAAAAAUACGGUGGGGAUCCACAGCACCCUCAUAAACUGCAUAUUGUUACCAGAAUAAAAAGUACAAAAAGACGUCCAUAUUGGGAAAAAGAUAUAAUAAAGAUGCUUGGAUUAGAAAAAGCACAUACUCCUCAAGUUCACAAGAAUAUCCCUUCAGUGAACGCAAAACUGAAAGUGGUUAAACAUUUGAUAAGGAUCAAGCCCCUGAAGUUGCCCCAAGGACUUCCAGCAGAGGAGGACAUGUCUAACACGUGCCUCAAGAGCACUGGGGAAUUAGUGGUGCGGUGGCAUCUAAACCCCAUAGACCAGGAAGCAGUUAAGUCCUAAGGCCAGAGCAGUUUCAUAUUAAAAAAUGUAAAUCAUUUUUAUUUAA